AAUGAUAAACAAUAACUACGAAUCAACCGGUAAACUAGUUAAUGAUCAGCUUCAAGACUUAUUUUUAGCACAACGGACUGUUUUUGAGAACUUACGAUCCCAUAAUGAAACUCUACGAGAAGAAACAGUUGACAAGGAAUUGUAUGAACAAACUGUAAAAAAUUUAAAGGAUGAAAGGCUAGAACAUGCAAAGACAAAAGCUAAGUUAGCGAGCGAAACAGAAAAAUUACAAUUUGCACUUGGUGAGGUGGAGAUACUGAGGAGACAAUUGCAGCGAGAAAAGGCGCAAUUUGAAAACACGUUUGGAUUACUAAAGAACAAGGCAUUGCGAGAAUCAACAAAGCAUGAUGAACUGUCUUCAAAAUUUUCAGCACUACAGGCAGAGAAACUGAAAUCAGAAGAUGAAAUGAUAUCUCAAAUGAAAGAAGUUCAAUCCCUCAAACAAAAAUUAAAACUGCAGAAAGAGAACUAUAAACAGCACUUGACAGAAUCAGAGAUUCAGCGGCAACAAGAAGCAUAUAUCGCCAGGACGAUUGGUGUGAAGAAAAAAAAACCAGCAUUAAGUAAAACAUGAGACGCCAGUGGUAGAUUCAAGGGGGACCCAGCCACUCUGGUUGCACUGAACGUAGGAACCUCACAGACCGAAAUGAAGCCUAUAAUGACAUCUUUGUAAAUAUGUCAAUAACUCAUUUUUUCAUGUUGGUACCACAAGAUUAAUUUUGUAAUGACUACUCUCAUAUAUUAAUAUAUUAACAUAAAAGAAAUAAUAAACCAACCAACAAGUCACUGGAAA